AUGAAGUGUUUGAGGAACGGUUGCAGUACUUACACCCAGGGUCCCGCAGGGGUGGCUUUCACAAAUCUCAUCACACACUUCCUAACCACACAAUGUUUGAUCACCGAGAAUUGGCCUGAAGACAGAUCUUAUAGCUUAACAAAUGGAGAUAUGUUCGAUUUCAUCAUCGUUGGAUCUGGUACUGCUGGUUCUCUACUGGCUAGCCGACUGACUGAAAUUGAGGAGUGGAAGGUGCUGCUGAUAGAAGCCGGUGGGGAUCCUCCCUUAGAGAGUAUUAUUCCAAAUUACUCUGGGGCAACACACCGAAGUUCUAGCGCGUUUCAGUAUUACACUGAAAUAGAUGAGACCACUAAUAAAGGAAGUCGCAACGAAAGGUCUUACUGGCCUCGCGGAAGAGUUCUCGGAGGAACAGGAUCCAUCAACGGCCUCCUCCAUAUGCGUGGCAGUCCAGAAGACUAUAAGCCUUGGGCAGUAAACGAAGGUUGGGAUUGGGAAACAGUAAAAAAAUAUUUCAUGAAGAGCGAGCGAAUGGUCGACCCUUUCAUUCUCAACAAUCCCGAACUAGCGAGAAACCAUGGCCUUGAUGGUGAAUUUGUGGUUGAUCAAUUAAACUUUACUCAUUCUGAAAUAGUUAAUAAAUUGACACAGGCUUAUCAAGAGCUAGGCUUGAAAUUUAUAGAUGAUUUAAAUGGAGAUUCUCAAAUGGGGGUGGGAAAGAUUCGCGGCGGGAAUCAUAAAGGUAAAAGAGUUAGUACAGCAUCAGCCUUCUUGAGUCCAAUAAGAGAAAGAAAGAAUUUGUACGUUUUGAAAAAAGCUUUUGCCAGGCAUAUAGAUAUAGAGCAGCAAUCCAAAAUAGCUAAAGGUGUCACAGUUUCUUUGAGUUAUGGUAAUGUAGAGACGUAUUUUGCUAAAAAAGAAGUUAUAGUAAGUGCAGGAGCAGUCAAUACGCCAGCAUUACUAAUGAUAUCCGGUAUAGGACCCCAUGAGCAUUUUAAAGAACUGAAGUUUCUUAAACAUUUAGUCAAUCUAUCUGUCGGAAGAAAUUUACAAGAUCAUGUAAGGAUACCUAUACCAGUUACGCUUAAUACUGGAGCCAAAGCAAAAACGGAGGAAUAUUGGCUUAAAGCUACAACUGAGUACAUGCUGCAUCAAACAGGGCCUCUUGCUACUAAUUACGAUCAACCAAACAUCAACGCCUUUCUUUCGGUACCUGAUGGUAAAACUCAACCUGACGUACAAAUAGACCAUAAUUAUUUCGUCCCAAACACAUCCUAUGUGUUUACGAUGUGCACAGAGAUAAUGUCAUUUAAAGAUGAAAUUUGUCAGCAAUUUACUGAUUUUAAUACCGAAAAAGAAAUGAUAAUAUUUUUCGUGUCGCUUUGUAGGCCGCAUUCGAGAGGUAAAAUUGAGUUAAGAGGAAUCAAUGCAAUGGAACAUCCUAAAAUAUAUUCAAAGUAUUUUAGUGAUGCACGUGAUAUGAAAACCUUUAUUGAUGGGAUAAAGAAAGUAACUGAUAUAGUUAAAACACCAACGUUCCGAGAUAUGGACGCUAAAUUAAUGAGAAUUAAUUGGAGGGAUUGUGAUGGGUUUGAGUUUGAGAGUGACGAGUAUUGGGAGUGCAUGGCUAGAACUGUUACUUAUAAUGUUUAUCAUCCCGUUGGAACUGCUAAAAUGGGGAAACCUAAUGACCCAGAGGCAGUAGUUGACAAUAAACUGAAGGUUUACAGUGUGAGAAAUUUAAGAGUGGUAGACGCUAGCGUAAUGCCUACAAUACCCAGUGUCAAUACAAAUGCAGCUGUUAUGAUGAUUGCUGAAAGAGCCGCUGAUUUGAUUAAAGAAGAAUACGCAACUACAGUUAAUACCAUUAAAAAGGAUGAAUUCUUGGAUUUAGAUCCACUGGAAAAUUGCGAUCCAGCAAAUUGUGAUCAAAAAUACAACGGAGAAAGAUCAUAUUUUGAUGCGAAAAUCAAUAGAUGCAUUAAGAUUCCUAUAUGUGUUAUGGACCCCACAAAAGAUUUACCAGAUGUGGUUUACGAUCCUACAAGCAAUACCUGUAAAGAUCUGGAUCUGCCUAUUGAAUUAAGAGAGAGUGCUGUGGACAUUUGUGAGAGGAUAGGCAAAGAAGUUAAAAGGAAGAAGAGGUAUAGGAUGGUUGAUAUAGGAAGUCAAAUAAGCUUGAUGGAAGCCCAGGCUGAAAGUUCAUCUAGUUCAUAUGAUAAUGAAUAA